CAGCCCCUGGGAAUGACGUCACAAUGCUCCCGGUCCAAUGAGGGCGUUUUGCGCAGCCUGGGCGUAUAAAGGGGCUGCGGAGAAACUAGCGGGCUGAUUGCAGAGGGCUUGCUUUUUGAAGGUGAUUGGGUGAGAUUCCUAUCAGCAUGACUCUCCAGACUGACUUUGAAACUGCAGCGGAAAAUGUAAAAAAAUUAAAGACCAGACCGACAGAUGAUGAACUGAAGGAACUGUAUGGACUCUACAAACAGUCUAUUGUGGGAGACAUUAAUAUUGAGUGUCCAGGAAUGCUAGACUUAAAAGGCAAAGCUAAAUGGGAAGUAUGGAAUGAGAAGAAAGGUAUGUCAAAGGAAGAUGCCAUGAAGGCUUAUAUUUCUAAAGCAAAUGAGCUGAUACAGAAAUAUGGGAUGUAGAAUUUCCUCAAAUAUAUAAACUCUUCUAGAAGUUAAUGACUAGUCCGAAGACAAAAGCAAUACUAACUUCCAAUCCGACAUGAAACGCUAUUAGUCAUUUAACAGAACACACUAUGAUGCUAACUGAAGUUGUUUGCAAUAAAUUUUUUACUUAGUA